AUGCCUUGCAUGGACCAAAUCUUUGUUCUCUUUAAUCAUCCUCUUGUUUUUGACGGUGACUGCACGGCGGCAGAUAUCGCCAUCAUGGGCUAUGUUGCCGAUCUCAAAGAUGGUCUCCGGGCCUUCACCCCACAAGAACGCCGCAACAUCGCCAUCUACAUUGCCGGCAUUAUGAUCUACAAGUUCGGGCUCGAGGCCUUCAACGGUUCAGUAGUGGCGUUGGCUACCAAUCGAUACGACUACGAAUCAAUACAGAGUGGACGGCCAAGCCGAACCUUCGAGCGUGUCGGUCUUCUGACGGGGUUGAAUCAGGCUUGCCAAUGUAUUGGUAGUAUUCUCAUCGGUCCAUUGGUGAAGAGAUACCCGACCAAGAAUGUCCUUGCCUGCGCUGUGUUAGUGUUUGGACUUUGCUCGGCGUUGCUCCUCAUCAUCGACGCUGCAACGGGUGGAACUUUUAUGCCAGCUGCUUGUGAGUGCUCUGCUUUCCAGAUCCCCACACUGACAAUGGCUAGCUACAACACCGAUGCCAUGAUCCCAGUCUACUGCAUCAGUGGUAUUGCCUAUGCCUCUCCUACCAUCUCUGUUGGGACACAAAAGCUGAAACCUCUUCAGGUCCACAUCUUCUACGAAAUCACAGGUACAGCAGGUGCCUUUAUCACAGCACUGGUCAUUAUCCCUCAACUCGGCAACAACAAGGCAUUCAUUGUCACACCCGUCUGCUUCACAUUUUGCGCCACCAUUUGGUUCUUCAUCAGUGAGCUGGAUUUCAAGCGGCGAAAGUCGACCCUCCACCAACACGAGAAGCCGGCCUACUGGAAGGCGGCAUUCCGUGGCCUAUAUCUGUUCGGCGAGUCUAUCUGGAUCGGCGGCAGAAUCCUCUUCACCUCGCGGAAGUUCAUCUGGUUGGUCCCAGGCUAUGCCGUCGCUCUUUACGCACAUCGAUAUCUCGAGAACGGCAUCGCACCCCAGGUUGCUAGACGCUAUCUCGGGCACUCGGCCUGGUCGCAGAUUAUGGUCGGCGGUUCCAACUUGGGUGAACUGUUGGGUGCGUUGGCUGUGUUGCUCCUUACGAAUACCAUCCAGACACCCAUGCCAUGGCUUCGAUUGGACGCCAUCAUGUUGUUGAUCGUCUGGUACAUCCCGUUCUGGAGGCCACCGGUCGAUGAUGUUGGGCAGGCAUGGAUCGUGGCGGCGACGUUUGCCCCCAUCUCGUUUGGCUGGGCAGCUGGUGAUGUGUCGCUUGCUGCGUAUAUUCAGGCGUCCCUCUCUCGGCUAGAGUCCAAGAACAAGAACGUCUCAGCCCUCGGCGCCGUCAUGGCGUUCUUGUACUCGUUCUAUAUCGUCACAUACGCCAUCUCGGGCACCUUGCUUGGGCGGUAUCUAGAUCGAGUGUACAAUGAGUCCGGAGGGACAGACGGGGGUAACAUUCGUGAGGGGCUGAUGUUCACUGCUGGUAUGCAGAUGACAAUCAUCAGUGUCUUGGUGUUCGCGGCGACAUUUGUCCCCAAGGGAGCACUGGCGUUCAACCCAAAGAUGAUCUCGGAGGAGAAGCUGGAUGAGGAUGAGCCGGUGGAGUUGAAGGGGCGAAGGGAUCAGGAGGAAAUUCCUGAUGUGCCUGUUUUCAAGGAAAGCUCCAAGAAGAGUUACUGUACUAGCGAUGAUGGGUCGGAGCCGCAUAUUGAGAAGAAGGCGAGCGAAAUUAUUUGA